UUAGGCUAGGUUGUUCUACAUAGAAACAGGAGUCCGGCCAUGGCGGUUCAUCGCGGGAGGAAGAAGCGCUUGAAGAACAAUGCUGCGGCCCCCGCCGCCCGCAAUCCGCCCAGGUCUGAUGCUUCUCACCACAGCGACUCCAGCGAUGUCGAGAUCAUCUCCGUCACCGCAUUUCACAACACUGGUAGCGGCUGCAAGCGGCCCCGGCCCCGCCGGGCGGCCAUCAAGAACCUGGAAGAGAAAGAAGACGAAGAGGAAGCGAUCGAGGCAGAAAAUGUGAUCGAGGUUAAGCCGGAGCCCCGUCUGGCGGAUUCCGAGGCGACGGCGAUCAUGAGGACGCGAGAAGGGGGCGAGGGCAAGAAAGAAAAGCCGCAGAGGAGACUCCUGGAUUUCGUGGUCCACGACGGGCAGGGCGCGGAGCAGCCGAUCGAGAUCCUCGAGACGGUGCCGCUCUUCGUGACGGCGACCAUUCUUCCAGUGACGGGGCUCUUGGAGAAGCAGCGGGGGUUUCGAUGCGAAAGCUUCGGGCCUUUGGAGUCUUGGUGCAUCUCCGGAUACGAGGAUGGUGUGCUCGUCGUGUGGAUUUGCACCGAGGCUGGCGACUACAUUUGCUGCAAGCCGGCCGCCAGCUACAAGACUUGGUACAGCGCUCUUGCGGACAAGUCGUCCCUGUGUAUAGCGGUCUUUAAGGCUCUUUCCAAGCCGGAUGGUGGUGAUCCAGAGCUUCCACUCGAGAGCCUUGUGGCACAGGUAGCGCGACGGUCCAAGAAGACGGCUUUGUCGCAGCCUUUUAGUCGGGAGUAUCUCAUCUCGAUCGGAGGCUUUGUGUCCAGCCAGCUUAAGGCAAUGGACGUAAGUGCUUCGGAUGGCGACCAGGUUUUUACGGGCUUGCCAGCGCUGGUGGCACUAGAGAAGGAGUCGGCUUCUUGUCGCAUGGAGGACGUUAGUUUGGCGAGUCAUGGGAGGAAGAAUGGAACUUUGACGAUCAACGAGCCCGAUGGUUCCAAUCCGUCGUCCGAGCACUCAAGCGGCUUGACGGAUCAGUAUGCUGGCGAUGCGCAGUAUGCGCAGCUUCUCCAGGAACGGGAGGAGCGAGCCAUGAGAAUGAGGAGCGGCGGAGCUAAGGCGAAGAGUUACAUCAAGAUCAACGAGGACGAGCUUGCGGUGGAUUAUCCACUUCCGGAGUUCUACAAGCCUGAAGAGGAGGAGACGGACGAGUACCUUGUCAUGAGCGGUGAUGAUGGGGAGCUGGAGCACCGCAUGCUCUAUGACUGGGCCCUGUACAACUCGGACAUGCGGUUUGUGUCCUUGGAACUUCUUCCCAUGGUUAGCGGUGCAGAGACGGACGUCGAAGUCUUCGGCUCGGGCCUUGUAACGGAGGACAACUUUGAGUAUUGUAUGGACAAUGAGCCCGAUGAUGCGGCUUCUACCACGCAUAACGAGAACCUUCUGCGAGUUUAUUUGAGUUCAAUUAAGGAAUGGAAGAUAGAGUUCGGUGCCAAGAUAUUGAGUAUCUCUAUCAGGACGGCUGGUGCUUGGUACAGGCUGGGACCUCCAUCUGCUCAGUAUGCAGCAUGGUAUAGUCCAGUUUUGAAGACGGCGAGACUGGCUAGGCACAUCAUUACAAUGCUGAAGGUUGUAAGUCGCGUUUCUCGUCUUUCUUUUCCAGACGUCGUCAAGCGGCUUACUGACCAAACUCAAGAUAGUGACACUUUUGUUGGCUCGAAAGUAGCAGAUGUGGAGAGGUUUGUUGUGGUGCACGGACAGAUCCUCCUGCAACAGUUUUCAGAAUUCCCUGACGACACCAUCAGGAAGAGUUCUUUUGUGACUGGGCUUUUGAAAAUGAUGGAGGAAAGGCACCAUACCAAGCUCAAGGUCUCCAAGAAAAAGCUUCUUCGGGGCAGAAAUCUUAAUCCCAGGGGAAGCCUACAGCCAGAUGCUUCCAAAACAAAGCCCAUGCGUGCAACGACGACGCAGCUUGUUAAUCGCAUCUGGAGCGAUUAUUGUUCCACAUACAAUGAAGAUGGUACCUGCGAACCUGAAGCUGAAAAUGUUAGGCGCCAGCAAGAUCAGAAGGCUGAUGCAAAGGCUAUUCGUGGUCAUCUGAUUAAGCCUGGCGAAGCCGUUGGUUACGAAGUCGAAGGUGCUGAGGACGCAUUUUUGCUCGUGGAGUACCUGUACAAGGCCAAUGGGCGUAGCAUGGUUCACGGCAGGGUACUGGUGAAAGGAGAAAGCACAGUUUUAGGCGACGCAGCUUCCAAGCGGGAAUUGUUUCUCACCGGUAGUUGUGACAACGUAGAGGUCAGGGAUGCGAAAGAGAUCGUGAAGGUGGAACUUAGACGACGUCCGUGGGGUCACAUGCACAGGAAGGAUAAUGCUACGGCCGACGAGGAAGAACGGGAACGAGCUCGCGACAGGGAAAUUAAAGGUCUUCCGACAGAGUACUUUUUUCAAGCUCUCUAUGUUCCUGAGAAGGGCGGCUUCUUUCGCAUUCCGCAUGAUAAGCUGGCUUUGGGAACCGGAGUGUGUGAAGGCUGUAAAUCAAGGGAAGAGGCAAAGACAAAGGAUAGCUUGUCACUGUUUGCGAAUCUUCAAGGCUUCCGGUUCCAGGGCGUGGAAUACCACAUCAACGACUUCGUAUACGUCGAUAUAACUCAAAUAAUGACUCAAUCACAAGACGAAAUUCAGAAGUUCAAAGGUGGUAGAAACAAGGGUCUUCGAGCUUUUACGAUCUGCCAGCUCAUGGAUGUCAUACCAUCGUCAAAAACAGGUGCGGAGCAAUUGACAGUUCGGAAGUUCUACAGGCCCGAAGACGUCGACUUGGGAAAGGCUUACAAAGCCGAUGUUCACGAGGUCUAUUUCUGUGAACGGACAACCACGAUAUCUCUUGCUGCUGUGAGGGGAAAAUGUACCGUUGUGAAGCGGCAGGAGUUUACUGUAGCUUCAGAAACCAAAGCGCUAAUGGACCUGUUUUUCUGUAGCUGCGUCUAUGACCCACUGAAAGGAACUGUAAAACAGUUACCAGCUAAUGUUAAACUCGGAAAACCACCAGUGGCGUCGAGUUUGGCAUCAGCAAAAGGAAAGGGUAAACUGGUUGAAGAUGAUCGACAACCCAAAGAAACUUCUGCAAACGACGAAAAGCUAUCGAUGCUUGACAUUUUUGCAGGCUGUGGCGGUCUGUCUGAGGGAAUUCACCAAUCAGGCAUCGCGUCAACAAAGUGGGCAAUAGAAUAUGACCACGCAGCUGCAGAAGCAUUUAAAAUGAAUCAUCCUACCGCCACUGUGUUUUUUGACAACUGCAACGUCGUGCUAAGAUCUAUUAUGGAAAUAGGUGGAGACCUUGAUGAUUGCUGUUCAACGCCGGAGGCUGCUGAAAUGGCAUCUAAGCUCAGCGAGAACCAGAAAAGUAGUUUACCCAGGCCGGGUGAGGUUGAUUUUAUUAGCGGUGGUCCUCCCUGCCAGGGAUUUUCUGGUAUGAACAGGUUUAACAAGAGAAACUGGAGCAAAAUCCAAUGUGAGAUGGUCCUGGGGUUUCUCUCGUAUGCCGAUUAUUUCCGACCGCGUUACUUCCUUUUGGAGAACGUUCGCAAUUUUGUGUCCUUCAACAAAGGACAGACUUUUCGUCUCACUUUAGCUUCGUUGUUAGAAAUGGGAUACCAGGUUCGUUUUGGUAUUCUUCAAGCUGGACACUAUGGUAUCUCUCAGUCUAGAACGCGUGCGAUCAUUUGGGCUGCAGCACCAGAUGAAGUGCUACCAGAUUGGCCAGAACCUGUACAUGUGUUCGCGAGCGCGCAACUGAAAAUACCGCUGUCUGGUAACUCGGUCUAUGCAGCUGCUGACGAUACCCGCGGCGGUGCUCCAUUGCGGUCUAUUACCGUCCGAGAUACGAUAGGAGACCUUCCUCCCGUGGCGAAUGGGACAGAAAAACCUGAAACUCCUUAUGGCAAUGAACCACAGUCGUGGUUCCAGAAGAACAUUAGAGGCGGCGCAACUGUUCUCCGAGAUCACAUUUGCAAAGAGAUGAACGAGCUGAACUUUAUUCGCUGUCAGCGAAUUCCAAAGCGCCCUGGAGCAGACUGGCGCGAUCUUCCAGAUGAGAAGGUCAAGCUAUCCACUGGCCAGACAGUGGACUUAAUCCCGUGGUGCCUUCCAAACACCGCUGAGCGACACAACCAAUGGAAGGGACUGUUUGGCAGACUGGACUGGGACGGGAACUUUCCAACUUCGAUCACGGACCCUCAGCCCAUGGGAAAGGUCGGCAUGUGUUUCCACCCGGAGCAAGAUCGCAUAGUCACUGUGCGUGAGUGCGCUCGGUCACAGGGAUUCCCAGACAGCUACAAGUUCUUUGGCACCAUGCAAAACAAGCACCGCCAAAUCGGUAACGCUGUGCCGCCUCCCUUGGCCAAGGCUCUGGGUGUGAAGCUCAAAGAAGCUAUUCGACAAGCAAGCUCGUAGACAAGAAGCAUAAUUUUUUCUCGGGAUUUAGCUAUACAUGGAGGAUGUGGCUCCACCUUUUGAGCUCGUGGUGUAACCAGCUCUUAUAACAUGAAUAGAGCAAACUCUCAGUGGA